GUCCUAACGAGCCCGAGGUUCAUUCAUAACUACGUUCAGCUUUAGGAGGAAAAUUAAAAGCACCCAGUGAAGAGCCGCAUGAAUCCCAGCUAGGAAGUGCACACUCUUGCCAGGACCAUGAGCGAUGAGCCACCUCUGCUGACCACCCUCACGGAGAAUGCCACUGAUGUGCCAGUGGCAUCAGCCAGGCCAGAUAACUAUGUGCUGCUGUUGGUGAUGCUGUGUGUUUUCGCUGGUGGAACGCUGGUUCUGCUCUCUGUUCUCCUCAUCUUCUGCCAUCGCUGCUGUCAGAGUGGACGCCGCUACUCGAGGGCCAGCGAUGACUUGGAGAAAACUAACACUACAUAUGUGGAAGAGAGUCAACCUACUCAAGACAUCACCAUUAGGAUGGAAAGCACGGACACACUGUCUACAUCCAGCUGUCAAGGUGAUGAGAACACAGAGCGCUUCCAGUCCUCAGUGUACACAGGCCGACGGGUCUCCUUCAAUGAGAUGGCCAUCUAUGAGCAGAGCAAGAAGAACCAAGAGAAAGGCCGAAGGUAUACUCUUACAGAGGGUGAUUUCCACCACUUGAAGAAGGCUCGUCUGACCCACUUACACGUUGCACCUCCAGCACUGAAUAUCCUGACCAUCAUGGAGUGUGACUCACCUGAGAACAGCAUCAGCCUGCGAGAACAGCUGCAGCACAAACCAUCCCUAUCUAUAUUUCAGCUUGGUGAGGGCACCCUGCCUGAAUCUCAAGUGCCCUGGAGUAACCAGAGCCCAAGCUGUGCACUGCCUGGAGAUACACUAAACUCUGUUCUGGACACCAGCUUUAUUUCCAACACUAGUGAAGGAAGCUCUGAACCACCUCGAUCGAGGACAAUUGAGGCAAUGGGAAGUGCUGGUUUAAAGAUGGAGGGCAACCAUGGAUCCUCCCAAGCAGCAGGAGCAUGUGGAGCAUCUGAAGGAGGAGGAGGUGGCUCAUCUUCAGGGCAGGGCACCAUGCUGCACUUCCUGUCCCGACUCAGGCGGCACGCGAGUCUGGAGGGAGCCAGUCCCUAUUUCACCAUCAAAAAGUGGAAGCUAGACAGCAGUAACAGAGCAGCCAGUCUGGAUAUGAGAGGUUCUCCACGGAGGCGAGCAUUUCAAAGACAGAGAGCAGCAAGUGAGACUCUGGAACAAGGGGAAGAGGACAUCCAGCAGCCGGGAGCAGGUAGAGGAAGUGAUUUUUUGUUGCGUGUCAAACCCCCUCAGCCACAAGCUGACCCCCCAAGACGACUCUCUGCUGGCUCUUUGGAGUCAUCGACUACAGGCUGUCCACCCCCACCGGCCCCACUCAGAAGGUUAGAAGUGAAGGCUGUGUUGGAAGUAAGUCCAAGGGCUGAAGACAGCAGGACUCAAACAGCCCAGAAGUUACCAGAAUCCACUGGACCUCAAGGGGAGGAAGAAGUAGAGGAGAAUAGAGAUAAUGGAGAGACUAUACUAGGAGCAACAGGAGGAGAAGGGACUAGCGCUGAAGUAGCCUCUGAAUUUGGUUUGGUGAACAGACAGGAAAGCCUGGAGCAGCCCAACAUGUACCGGGACAUCUGGAGCCUACGAGCAUCACUGGAACAGUAUGCUUCCUCUGACCUGAGCAGCAAUGACAGAGACUCCACACGCAGUGAUGCUGAUAGUGUCUGUUCACUAGGGGGCCUUGGUGCCUCCAGAACAGGUAUGCUUAGUUACCAAUCCCAAGACAUAGAUGAUGAGAUUGAUGGGGAUGGUGAGCUUCCGUAUGAUGAUGUGAUCAAAGAGGUUAGUGGCAGAAGGAAUGGUAGAGACAGUGUGGACUCAGAGAGAGGCAGCGACAGUGACGCAGGAAGCAGGAAACUUCUGCAAAUGGACAGCGGCUAUGCUUCCAUUGAGGCUCCAUGCAAAGCACCAGAGGAACUACGGCUGUUUGGAAGCACGUCUGGCAAGACAGCAUCAGAACGGCGUCGGUUCUUUACAAAUGCUGGCCGCAAGGGGACGGUGUGUGAAAGUUUUGAGACUCGAUUGUUCAAGGAGGAGCUGGAAGAUGAUGCUUCAGAAAGCAGCAUUAGCAUAGAGUCAGAGGGUCUCAGUACCAUACCCCAGGAGGAACUGAGCGUCUCACUCAGAGACACACCAGAAAUGCAGGCAGAAACCAAACCCAGGCCACGCUUUCGUCGCAGAGACUAUAGCAUCGACGAGAAGACAGAGGCCCUGUUUAAUGAAUUCCUGCGCCACGAUCCACAAUUCGACCAGCAGAGUUCGCCUUCUCUACGGCACAGACAUCGCUCACGAAUCCACCUGCGCAAGCAGUGGCAACGCACCAAGCAGUACAGUGACCCUGGAGCUGCUCGCUACUCACCAUCCCUGGAAAGACAGCGCAGUUAUGCACUGCGGAGGGGAGACAGUGCCAACUACCCACUGGAUACACGGUACCACAGCACCCUACCACGUAUUGCUAGUGCUGCUGAUGAGGAGGCCAGUGAGGGAGCAGCCAGUGAAGGCACUGAAUCACCCAAAGCACAGGGCUCUGGUCCAGCUCCUGAAGACAAUUCCAACAAUAGCAGUAACAACAGUAGUCCUGUGGUAAAGUCACAGGAGGAUCAUCCCACCCUGCUGUUUUCCACACCCUCAAUGGACAGCACCGUGGGGGACUCUGGGAUACUGGAGGGUUGUGGGAGUGCUGGGUAUCCUACAGAGACACACAGAUGGUCAGUCACAGACCCCAGUCCUGUAAAGACAGGUAACAGCCAAUGGAACACAGGCAUUCACAUUCCAGAGAACAGGUAUCACAUGGAUAAGGACCUUAUGGACAAAGGCUACAUGCAUAGUGUAGUGGAACCCAGUCCAUCCGAUAAACUGGUGAGCAGUCUAGAUGAACGACUAUACACUAGCCUGAGGAGGACUCAAGGCAGUCAGGAAUGCAUGGUGACUGUGACCCGCACCUCCCCAGACCUCAGUCAGGACUAAGAGCAUGAUAAACAGCAGCAUUCAAUGACUGAAGAAUUCAGGAGGACACUGCGGAGUACAGGAGAGAUGAAUAACAUGAAUUUGUCAUCUUGAGUUGUUAAGGCAACCCAAUUACACACUACCACAACCUCAACCAUUUUCUGAUAAAUAAUGCAUGUCUGUUCCUUAAUAAUACAGGGUUAAGUGGGUAUGGUGCAAUCUAAAACUAGGGAAAUGUCUGAAAAUGUAGUAAAAAAAAUCCAUAUGCAGACAAUUAUGCUAAAAAGAUGACUAGGGUUUUUUUUAACAGGUCAAUAUUAACACCACUUGCAAAUUGCACUGUGAAAACUAGGCAAACUAGGGUGCUUUGUGAAACAUACAAUUACAGGGCAAUUCAGAGUAAUAACGACAAGAGUCAAUUGCACUUUUGUUAAUUACAAUUUAUGAUAAAGGAUCAGCAUUUUCCUCUCAAAGAAAAACAUUAGACUGAGUUACUUCUUCCAAAGGAAGUCAGCAGUUUCUUGAUAAUUUAAUUAUAAUCACAUUACUCCAAAAUAUGGGUCUCUAAUCUAUUUGGGUCCCAUGGGUCCUAUGCUAUUUUGGAAUUGCAACUCUAUUCCAAUCCUAGCACUCCAUUCUUUUCAAUCACAGCUUUCAUAUAAUGCUGAUUCAUAAUCCUCUUUGCUCAUUCAGGUCACAGAUUAAAGCACUUCAUCCACAAAAUAUUUCCCUAUUUCAGGAUGAUUUAAAAUUUUGAGUUCAAAAAUCAAAUUAUGCUCCUAAAUUUUAAACUAUUAGGCAUAUAACCAGAGCUCCUCACCAACCCUUGCUUUUGCUUUGUUGAUGCUAAAGGCUGCAUUACACGGUACGAUCUGUUAUGAUCUUGCGGUUGCAGACAAAAAUCACAGACUGUGAAAGAAUUCGUUGGCUGUGAGUUAAAAUUUGGUGGUCCCAGAUCACUUAAUACAAUGUACUCACCAGCCAGUUUGCAACAAAAGAUAGCUGAUUAACAAGUUCUAGCAGAGUGUCAGAAAUUUUGGACCAAAAGGAUGCGAUUGCUGCUAUGAUGUGCGUCUAAAAAGUCACUUAUAGUAGAAUGUAUUCACUUUAUCGAAUCGUAGGACUAUCAUGAGAGAAUUUUAUAAAGUCUUGCAGAACAUGUCAACAUAAUCAAUAAUACAUCGAAAAUAAGGAGCAAGGAAAAUUAAAACAGCACUUUUGAUUGAGGGGAGCUGACUAUUGUUUCCUACUAUUAAUUCUGUUCAUCUCAUUUUUCAAGUGUCCUUGUUGGUAUGAUAUAUUUGACACUGGCAUCAAUCUUCGGAGGUGGGCCAGUGGUGUCAGACAUCUUUAAGAUUUCUGGCAAAGAUGUCAUAUAGUCACUUUCCAUUUUAUACCUUAAUAUUAUUUAUUGAUCUUUUAUCAGUCCUAAUUAUAAUAUUUAUUAAUGUCAUAUGUUCUAUAAAGAGAUCUAACAGAGCUAAGCAGACAUUAAAUCUUGACUAAGGAGAUGGGUAAAUGGCCCAGAGCUUGGAGAUUGUGAGAUAUUGAUUGUCUAGCUCCAAGGCCUCUGACAUAAAAAUAUCUUGAAAUUGUUAUUUUUGGAAAUUUGCACAAAACUUGAAAUAUGCAAUAUUAGCUACAGAGAACUAAAUUACAGUAUUAAGUUCAUGGAUGACUGAAUUUACAGAACCAACUUUAAUAAACAAUGAUGCCAUUCCAAAUAUCAAAUUACCUUACAGUGGUUUAUAUGAUGGAAAUCAAGCCUAGGGUUAUUGGUUUUAAUAAGCAAACAUUUAAAAAGAAUGGUACCAAGCAUCACUGGUCCAUUUUUCCACAAGAAAGGCUGUUGUAUAACAGAUUUGCCAUGGGUCUAACACCUGAAGCAUCUUAAACAUACCUGUUCAUUGCACACUAGUCCUUGUGGACAUGAAACUGUCAGAGGUUGAUGACAACCCCAUCUCUCAUUUUCUUUCUCUUGAAGCUCUUUGUUCUUAUAUUACAUAUUGAUUAGCAGCAAAGAAAAGACAGCAUUUAAACAGCAGUGAUAAGACAGAGAAAAGCAUGUUUUUGUUGCCUGAGGUUAGAUGAUGCAGUGAUAGCAACCUCAGAAACUUCCAUUAAGCAGACCUGAAGUAGUCAUGUAAUAGUUCAUAAGAUGUAUGACAUAAGAUGUAGUACAUCACACAAGUUAUGGCAGAUCAUCAAACAUUUAUAGUUUAUUAGUUGUAGUUAAAAAUCUACACUCAUUCUUUACUUCUUUGGAAUAUGUCAUUCAGUUGAAAGUGAAGGUCCAGCCACUAUAAAUACGCUUGAGCUUAAGUACUAAACUACUUGUAAUAAACUACUUAAAUACUAUAUGUACUAUUAAAUUUGGAGGUGAAUCUAGAUGAGGAAUGCAUUUGAAUUUGAAUACACAGUCAAUGAAUGUGUCAGGAAUAUUUAGUGGAGUCAGAAAAGUAGAGGAAUAAAAGUUCAAAGUACUGUAUAUAAAUACUCCAAAUAGGUCCUGAAGCACAGUGGUCAUGUGUACAUGUACUUCAUUACUCUCCAUUAGGAUACUUCGUGGGUGAUUCUACGAUUGCAGUGCCAUUUAGCCCUUGUAAGGCUUAAAAAUUAAACUUUACUUUUUAUCAUUGUUCUACGAAAACAUGUAUUUAACCAAUCAAAUAAUGUGUUAACCCAUAUCAGAUAUCAGUCUCAAUGUUUUACAAGCUUUCUUUGCUGGUGAUGGCUACAUUUUGCUAAUAAAUAAGUAACAGGGUUGACUAGCAUCUAUGCUAACGACAUGAUGACAUUAGGGACUUUCAAAUGAUUUAAAUAUUUUUUUGAAAUAAGGUUUCUCAAUCAGUAAUUUGGGUAACAGGGUUAUACUUUUAAAGUGAACCCACCAAGUUAAUAUCAAAUACAUAAAAAAAAGAAUCAGCGAACUUUCUUUUCUUUUUCCUUGUAAUCCUAACAUUCGUUUGAACAUGUUACAUGGAACAUUCCAAAUAUUUCAUAGGGGUGAAUAUUGUGGGACACGACUAAAAUGUAUAAUUUUUCAUAACCUAUAUGGAUGACUCACAGAAAGGGGUGUUUCAAGCAUGAGAUGUUAAAUGGAUUCAUACCUUGUAAAAAAAUACUACGUUUUAAGCAUUUUUAUUAUUAUAUUUUCAAGAUAAAGUGUAGGAAUAGUGGACUUGGGGAAAGUGCAGAAAUUUUUAUCUGAAAAACACACAUGGGUUGUUGUGAAGGGCACUUUAACUGUGUUUAAAAUUUCUUUUACCUUUACGUACAUAAUUUGUAAAUGUAAUAUGAGUGGUACACAAAUGGCACCCUAAUCAAGGAAUCACCCCUCCAAAAAGAUAAGUGAAAAGAUCAUUGCUAUGGUAACAGUAUUAAGUACUCAAGAGGACAUGGCACCAACUUUGACCCUCCAUCUGUUGAGGGAACGGUAGUCUCUUCCACUCAAAUUUCAUCCCCCCCACCAACAGUUAGAAUACCGCCUGAUGUAACCUGCCACCUACAAUCAUGUAGAACCUUAUCAGACUGCAGCAUGGCUUUUCAAUUUUAUUUUAUUUGAAGCAUUUGAUGUUCAUUGACAAUCGCUCACUGUAAACUAACUCUUUCUAACAAAUGGCCAGGUAGACAUUUGAAGCAAUACACCAUUUAUAUAUGUGUCAUAUCAAACAUUUUUUCCCCCUCUCUCUCAAAUGGAACAAGUAUCUGAUGUGAAUGUGCAUAUUCUGACCUGAACCCCAUGUAGGAGCUUGAGGACAUGUUAGAACUGCAGCUGGUCUUCGUGUACGUGGACGACUGAACCUACUGCUGCACUCCUGUGCAGUUCUGCAUGUGAGAAGAAAGGAAAUCAUGACAUUGGUGUUCUCUGUAGUUUCAAUGCUACUGAAUGCAUUCGAGUCCCCUCUUCCUUUUCUCAGAAUAAAUGGUCAUGCUUUGAUCCUUCA